AAUAGAGUAGAAGUGAUCAAACAAGAGUAGGUGAAGAUAACCGAGGAGACAAUGAUUCAUGAUCUAAAGAGUAGAGACAUGGGCAAUUCCUCAUCCACACAAAAAAUCUCAUAAUGGACGUAACACGUCAACAUUUCCUCACCAAACUCACCGGCUCUUUCCUCAAAUCAUUACCAUCACCGACUUUCUCCUCCUCCCUAAAAACCACCGCAGAUGAGACAGAGCACCAAUGCUCUUGUUCCUCUCCUCCGCCACAACAACCGCCGCCACUUCCCUCUUCCUCUCUCUCUCUAAACUAACCCCACCACUCUCUCUCCUCCGCUUCUCCACCAUGUCUUCCAUCAACCUCCAAUCCCACGCCUUCGCCGGCAACCCCAUCAAAGCCAAAACCCCCAAAUCAAACGACCCCUUUUCUUCAAAUUCCGCCCUGGAGACACUCAAAUCCCACAUUCUGAGCAAUACCCAUGACGCCAUUUCCCCUAAUUUUAAGGUCCUACCCUUCAGAAAAGGGCGCCCUUUAGCUGGUUCUCAGGGUUCCUCCCCAAAUUGGCAUCUGGGUUGGCUUAGUUUGGGGGAUUGUAAGGGUUUGUUGGCUGAUUUCACUGUCAAAUUGGAGGGAAAUUCGUUGGUUUAUCUGGGUUCAAAAUCAGAGGAAGAUUCUGUUUAUUGGGCAAUUGAUGUGUCCGAAGAUGAUAAAUUGGUGGAUGAAUUGGGGAAGAAGUAUUUCUCUUUUGUUGAGCUUAGGACUUUAAUGGUUGCUACUGAUUGGUCUGAUUCUCGUGCCAUGGCUGAUUUAGCUGUUGCUGGCCAUGCUAGAGCAUUGCUAGAAUGGCAUGGUACAUCACGAUUUUGUGGGCAUUGUGGAUGUAAAACAGUUCCUAUGGAAGCUGGGAAAAGAGUGCAGUGCUCAAACGAACUGUGCAAAAAGAGGAUCUAUCCUCGUGUCGAUCCAGUAGUCAUUAUGCUCGUGAUUGAUAAGGAGAACGAUCGUGCACUUUUAAGCAGACAGUCGAGAUAUGUACCUCGAAUGUGGAGCUGUUUAGCUGGUUUUAUAGAGCCUGGAGAGAGUUUGGAAGAAGCAGUGAGAAGAGAAACGUGGGAGGAAACUGGGAUUGAAGUAGGAGAAGUUGUCUACCACAGUUCUCAGCCAUGGCCUGUUGGGCCAAGCAGCAUGCCAUGCCAGUUGAUGGUAGGCUUCUAUGCUUAUGCAAAAUCUCUAGAGAUAAGCGUGGAUAAGGAUGAGUUGGAAGAUGCUCAGUGGCAUAGUAGAGAAGAUGUCAAGAAAGCUCUUACAUUUGCUGAAUAUGAAAAGGCACAAAGAACAGCUGCUUUUAAGGUAGAGCAGAUUUGUAAGGGAGUUACACAGAAUCAGAACCUUUCCUCGGAUUUCAACACCGAAAGUGGAGAGCUAGCAUCAAUGUUUAUUCCAGGGCCUUACGCCAUCGCCCACCACCUCAUUUCUACUUGGGUCUUUCAAGGGGUGCCAGUAAGCAGUUCUGACAAUCCACUUAAACAGCCUAUUAGUUCCUUUUCAAACUUUUGCUCUGAAAAAGAGAUAGGAAUACGUGGGAAAAGAUGCUAGUUGAGGAGGUGCCAGCCAGACUUGAUCUCAUAACUAGCCCCCAUCAAGCCUAAGCGGGUCGCUGUCCUACGGAUCUUCCGCUAGAUUGUCCGUACGGGUCACCCACCUAUAUAUAUGGACCCUCAUUAAUUGCCGGAGGUAUGUAAAAACUCACCAAUCAUUCCAAAGUUCAUUAAUUGCAGAGUAAUCAACAUUACUGACUUAGACAUCGGAGGGGUGAUACUUGGACCACCCCCGAAGCUAGUUAACCCUUUUUAUGGUGCAGAUUAAGUCGGAUGCAUGAUACAUAAUAUCAGGUCCGACCUUCAAACCGUUCCAUCUCCACAACCGGAACAAAUAGUACAUGGGUUUGAGGUAGUGUAGCCAGAUAAAUCAACCAUGGAGCACAUCAUAAACCCAGCUAUAUUCUCCUUGAAGCAGAAAGACAUGAAGGGAGCACGCAACUUGUUAAGGGUCGCGAUUGAUCCUGUAGAUGCUUUGGCAAGAUCAGCUGCAAAAUGGGCUAAAUCAUGACUUGCAAAACCAGAAAUUGGAAACAGGCAGUGAUACCAAACGACCCCUUAACUUUGAGUUAGGUUUUUAUUUUGAGGUAUAUAUAGUUGAUGGGGUUAAAUUUGUUACUCCGUACUAGAUAUCAAGUGCUACCCUCCCCAAUUAGGAUUAUUAAGCAUGGAGAUUUUCUUAUCCUUUCCCCUCCUCUGAAGGUCGUGAUGUGCAAAUUUGGGUUAGGUUCAUCUGUAACUGCUCUGUAAAAAGAUCGGUUUACCACAUUAUGUAGUGUCUCGGCCUAUUUAAACAGUGUAGAAACUUUACAAAGGUUUACUAUCAACUCACACAAUUCCUUAGGCUUAACAAUAAAAACUCUAACUAAGUAAAUCAACUUUUUACACAA